ACUACGGACUGACCUGGUUCGUGGCAGUGUUUGUGCCGGUGCAGCCUCGUGAGCAAACUCGUCAGAGUCGGUUCUCGUUCGAGCAUCGUUUCCUCCCUUUCGUUCGUUCACGUUCUUUCCCUCGGCUCUUUUCUCCCGCGGAGCCACACACACACACACACACCGAGAAAGAGAGAGAGAGAGAGAAAAUACACAUCGAACGGAAGGCAGACACGCCACGCCACACUACGGGUCGCAGAGAAUCGACCAAGGAAUCUGAAAAUUGUGAACAGUCGAGGCGGCGAGAAACCGUGCAACGGACUGCAGCCGCGUUUCUCACACGAUCGAAACAUAAGCGAGAAGAAUUCCCGCCGAUAGGAUGAGCAAACAGUACACGAGGAGCGAAGUUGCCAGCUCCAACAACUCCAAAGCUCAAACGCUGUUCAUCAUACACGACAAGGUGUACGAUGUGACGACCUUUUUGAACGAGCAUCCAGGUGGCGAGGAGAUCCUGCUGGAUCACGGCGGUAAGGACGCUUCGGAGGACUUCGACGACGUAGGCCACUCCAAGGACGCGUUAGACCUGAUGAAGAAGUAUCUGGUCGGCGAACUGGUCGAAUCGGAAAGAACGGGCGGCAAGCCUAAGCAGACAUGGACGUCGGACUACUCGAAGGAUAAGCAAAACAAGGACAACCAAGGACUGUCGCCUUUCGUCUGGGUGUCGGCCCUCGCCGCCGUGAUGGCCGUCGUCUACUUCGUGUACUUAUAAUUGUAUAAUUCUUCCUUCCCCCUCCAAGAAAAAAAAAAAAAAAAGAAAGAAAAAUGUUGUGUUCCAUUGCGAAAGAAAGAACGAAAAUGCUGGAGGCGAUCCGCCUUGAAGUGUGAAUAAUUUUUCUUUGUAACGUGUUACACGUUGGCUGAAUAAUAGUUGGCACUACUUUGAAUGUUACGCAGCUAACCUGUGCACCGAUUUUCAAUUUUUUUGUAAAACAGAAUAGAAAUAUUGCUUUUCUUUUUUUGGGAGCAAGCCCCGGUAA